ACGGGGACGUGGCCCCGGCUGCCGCCCCCAAGGAGAAUACGGCCGCCCCCAGCCCUGCCCGGGCCGCCCCCAGCCCUGCCAAGGAGACAGAGAAGAUGGUGAAUUCUCAGCAGACUCCCGCUGGCACGCCCAAAGCAAACCCCGCGUGGCCUCACCCCAGAAGAUGGAUCGCGUGACCCGCAAGCCCCUGUUCAACUCUCCCUACCUCGCCCGCAUCUCGGGCCUGGCCCUGGACGGCGACACCAGCUACACAUACGAGUUGGUGGGCGUCGGGCGGGAGGGCGGCCCCUGGGAGGAGAAUGAAUGGCAGGCGGGGCCCAGGGUGGCCAGGACUGAGCUGGACAUGGCCGGGUCGGGGACCACCUACCGCCGUUGGGUCACCCGCGAAGGCCAGUGGGCCCCGCAACGCCCCUGGAAGGAAGACGAAGAGGACAAGGAGGAAGAGGUGAAGGCUCAUUUCUGGGGUGUCUCAACUGGCGGGACUCGUCGUCACCUGGAAGACGGGGAGCUCUGGGCGGCAAAACCCCAGGACCAGGGGAUGCUGAGAAGGAGCACAUCCCCGGGGUACCGGGCUCCAGGCUCCGGAGAGCCCAGAAACGCCAAACCCACAGCCCUGGAGGACAGCGCGGUGGACACGGAGCAAAUCGACUUCUGGGCGGCGCGGGAACAAUUUCUCAAUCUGGAACGUGCCAACUCGGGGAUCCCACCGGCGCCCCAGUCCAAGGGGGCGGCCCCGCGCGUGAGCCAGACCCCCAAGGCCUGGAACCGGCCUCCGGAGGCCGAAGCCAAGGUGGUGGCCCCCGCCCAGCCGCCCAGGAAAACGCCCACGCCCACGGAAGAGAAGAGAGCGCGCGCGCCUUGGUCAGACGGGGCGGCAACUCCCCGGGCCCGGGAGGCGUCCCCGACGCCCCAGGAGAAGCCGGCGCCCGCCGAGACCCCCAUCGAGAGGGAGAUCCGGCUGGCCCUGGAGCGCGAGGCGGACCUGCGCGAGCAGAGGGGGAUGCAGCGCUCCACGAGCCACCAGGAGCUGGUGCAGAUCCCCGCGCGGCCGGCGCUGCUGGCGCUCCCCGACGUGCGCCCCGACGCGCGCCCCGAGCGCCGCCGCGCGUCCCUCUACGUGCAGUGGGACAUGGCGCAGGAGACGCAGCGCGAGGCCGAGCACCGCGAGCAGCAGCUGGGCCGCGCCCUGACGCCCGACUCGCCCCCGCAGAGCCCCUCGCCCGCGCUGCUGCGGAGAGCCCGCAGCUCAGACUCGCUCCUGGACGCGCCCCCGGAACGCGGCCCCGGGACCAGGAAAGUGCAGCGGAUCUCCCCCGACGCCUACCAACCCUUCCUGAGCCCCAGCUCCCCGCCCAGGUUCCCGGGGCCCCCGGCCUCCUCCUCCUCCUCCUCCUCCUCCUUCUCGGGCGCGGGCAGAGCCGGCCCCGCCCAGGCCUCCAAGGGCCCUGCGCCGGGCUCCUGGGGGCCGGCCCUGGAAUCUUCUAGGAAGUCCUGGGGCCCCCCCAAGGAGGAAGGCAGCGGGCAGGGAUCUCGGGGACCCCGUCGAACCACCGAUGGGGCGGUGGUGAAAAAGAAGUAUUUCCUCCUGCGGCCCCUGCGCUUCGGGGUCCCGGCGGUGGCCCCUCGCAAGGAGACCCCCCGGGACGCCGCCCCCCGGGACGCCGCCCCAGCCUGGAAGCUGCAGCGGUCCCAGUCGUCCGAGCUACUGGAGAGGGAAGUGGAGAACGUGCUGCGGAGGGAGCGGGAGCUGGAGGAGGAGCGGCGCAGCGCCCUGUAUCCCGAGGUCUUCUCGCCCAGCCCCGACUUCGGGGACAGUGACCCCGACUCCAGGAGCUCCUCCCGGGCGUCCGGUAUCACAGGCAGUUACUCGGUCUCCGAGCCCCUGACCUUCUCCCCCAUCCGCCUCCACUCGGGCCUGGUGUGGACAGCGGAGGCCCCGGCGGCUGAGUCCAUGGGGCAAAGGAGCAACGAUCACUGGUAUGCGGGCCUCAAUCCCUCGGACUAUGUCAACUCAGAGAUUCUGGAGUCCACACGGGUCCCCCGUCACAAGAGCUUGAUGGCACAGCGCUGGGAAGCCGGCAUCUACUUCAGUGAGGAUGAGGACUGAGGCCGCCAGGCCCUGUGGGAACUGCCAAGGACCGACUGCCAGCAAAUGCGCCCCGCGAUGUGAGCUCUGCAGCCCACCAAAAGCAGAGCCACGGAACCAGAGUCAGCCCGCGCCUUGCUCCACACUGACCACGCCCCCACUGUUAUAUGACCACGCCUACCAACCCUGGCCCCGCCUUGACAGCCACGCCCCUCUUCUCCGCCCCAUGACCACGCCCUAUCCUGACCCCGUGAUCGCCUGGCCCCGCCCCCGCCUUGCCACGCCUGCUUUGGUCACGCCCCCAUGGCCACGCCCCGGCGAUUUCUGUUCUUGGCUUUUCCUGGCAAGAAAUGAUUCUGCUUUCUGGGUCCACGCUCUUGUUGCCGACGAGGCAGAAUCUGCUGGACGUUUUUUUCUGCCUCUGAGACUGCCAAAUGCAACUCAAGGCCCAAGAAGGAAAGAAACCAGCUCCCCUCUCGCCCGGUCACUGCCCACCCCUGUUCCACAUCCCAGCUGCCAGAGGGCGUCUCUGAAAGCUGGGGGUACCAGGGGUACAGCAGGUCUGCUGGGGGACCCAUUUGGAUCUGUAAGCAGCUUCGAUCCGGGGCCGGAGCCUUAGAACAGCGGCGAGGGCGUUUGCCUGGCACGCGGCCGACUCAGAUCCGAUCCCUGGCAUCCCAUGGGGUCUCCCAAGCACCACCAGGAGUGAGUCCUGAGUGCAAAGCCAGGAGUCAGCCCCGAGCAUCUCCGGGUGUGACGCCCCCAACCCCCCCUCCCAAUCUAUGUGGAAUGUCCCCCCCCACCCUAACCCCCCACCACAACCUGGGGUUUCUCAAUGUCUCCGUGCUGCUCCCUGCUAGCUUCAGCCUUUGGGGGGCCCAGAGGUUGGUGUGGGGCUCGAGGAAGGGGGGCUAGUUCUGUUGCUUCACCCCAUGCUCAGCCUGAGCCUCCCACCUCUGGCUGGCACUUUCUGGGAGGCAGCCACUGCUCCAGGAUGCUGACCCUGUCCCCCAGGACACCCAGGCCUGUGGACCCGACCCCAGCAGCCCCCUGCCCCAAGCACCUCCACCGU